AUGGGGGAAUCCGGACAGUAUCAGCCAUUGAGCACCGAGGAGCCAGAGCUACCUGGGCUAGCCAUCUACGACUCCCAGCCGGCUGCUGCACCCCGAACGCUUAUUGAUAUCCUGCACGACUCCUUCAAAGCCUAUUUUCAGCAUCCUGCCAUUGACAAUGGUCAGACGAGUCUUACCUAUGGUCAGCUACAAGAAGAGAUCGCCAUUCACGUUGAAACACUACGAGCGUCUCAGAUUGGUGUGGGCGAUCGCGUGGGCAUUCGCAUGACUUCUGGGACCCUCGACCUCUACGUCAGUAUCUUGGCAGUUUUAACUGCAGGAGCAGCAUAUGUCCCGGUCGAUGUCGAUGACCCGGAUGAACGAGCAAAUACAGUAUGGGCUGAGGCCUGCGUGUGUGCAGUCUUGACCGACGGCCCACAAUUGACAACCUACGCCUCUUUGGCUCAAUCGAAAUUCAAAAACCCUACCACAGAUGACACGGCCUGGAUCAUUCAUACUUCUGGGUCGACGGGCAAACCAAAGGGGGUAGCUGUCACGCAUGGCAGUGCAGCUGCAUUUGUCGACGCAGAGGCUCAGUUAUUCCUACCAGACCGACCAAUUCGCCCUGGUGACCGAGUCCUAGCCGGACUGUCGGUCGCUUUUGAUGCAUCAUGUGAAGAAAUGUGGCUAGCAUGGCGGAAUGGCGCCUGCCUCGUUCCAGCACCUCGCUCGUUGGUCAAGGCAGGCGUGGAUCUAGGCGCUUUUUUGAUUCAACAAUCUAUAUCCGUCGUCUCAACAGUCCCGACUCUGGCAGCAAUGUGGCCAUCAGAAGCUCUACAAAAGGUUCGACUAUUGAUCCUGGGUGGGGAGGCCUGUCCCGCAGAGCUAGUCAGCCGUCUCUCAAGCAGUCGACGAACUAUAUGGAACACGUAUGGCCCAACAGAAGCGACGGUAGUAUCCUGCGCAACUCCCUUGAUAGCCGGUCAAUUGGUUCGUAUUGGACUUCCGUUGGCUGGCUGGCAACUCGCUGUCGUAGGACUAGACGGCAAGCCUGUAGCGUGGGGUGAGACUGGGGAACUAGUCAUUACCGGUGCCGGCUUGGCUCGCUAUCUGGACAUCGAGAAGGACAAGGUCAAAUUUGCACCAUUGUCAUCCAUCGGUUGGCCACGAGCAUACUGGACCGGCGAUUUGGUUCGUGCAGACCAACAGGGAUUGGUUUUCAUGGGUCGAAAUGACGAGCAGGUCAAGUUAGGAGGCCGUCGUGUUGAGUUAGGUGAGAUUGACGCCACCCUGAUGAUGCUUCCUGGCGUUAGGGCAGCUGCUAGCGCAAUCCGUCGAUGCGAGACGGGCCCACCGCUCCUCAUUGGCUAUAUUGUUCGAGAUAUCGCUGCCAACAACGCCGAUCGCGACUUUUUACGAGACCACUUGCCUGCAGCUUUGGUUCCUUUUUUGAUCAAUUUGAAGCAAAUUCCUUUACGGACUUCCGGCAAGGUGGAUCGUGAAGCGUUGCCGUGGCCGCCUCCAUCAGUCGACCAAAGAGCAUUCGAAGACAGCGCGGGCUGGUUAGCCAAACAGUGGCAGAAUGUGCUCGGGAUACCUAUCCGGGACAACCACAGUUUUUUCGAUAUUGGCGGUACUAGCCUUGCAGCAGCACAGCUUGUCUCGUUGCUUCGUCGGCGAUGCCCUGGCUUUUCGGUGGCAGACAUUUACCAGCACUCAACCUUGUUCGAAAUGGCCCAUCGAGUGGAUCAACUCACAAACACUCAUCAAAGCAUGCGAGUAGUAAAGCCAACUCCAACAUGGACGGGAUAUGUCCAAUUUGGGACCCUCCUGGUUUUGCUCGGCUUUGAGAGCUUCCGCUGGUUUGUCGUGCUGGGCCUUUUCAAAGCAUCAGCCACCUUUUUCAUGGGUCCACUUCCCUGGAUCGAGGCACUCUUGAUUCCAAAUUGGGUCCUUUUAAUAUCUUGGAUGCUUUUUGUAAACAUGCCCGGCAGAGUAGUGACCGCAGCUACUGUGGGACGAAUUCUUACGGCUGGCAUCAGACCAGGCAAUUACGAUCGAGGCGGGUGGGUACAUCUUCGACUGUGGGCAGCUGAACGAUUUACAAGUAUGAGUGGAAUCAAUCCCAUCAUCGGCACGCAGUGGUGUCGCCGCUACGCCUGGCUUCUUGGCUGUCAAGUGGACCCGAGUGCUCAAAUCCAUGCUCUACCGCCAAUUACAGGCCUUGCCAGCUAUGGGGCGUCUAGCGUUGUCGAACCGGAUGCGGACAUCACAGGGUACUGGGUGGAUGGAGACAUUUUGCGGAUUGGGACCAUUGAGAUAUCCACAGGCGCUCGAGUGAGUACCCGGGCCGUAUUGCUUCCAGGAACCAUAGUCGAGCCUUUUGCAGAAGUGCCGCCGGGUGUCUGCGUCGGUGGGACGGUCAAGAGCGGCAAGAUCGUUCCUGGUGAGAGGUACACUGCCGAGCGAGAUGGUGCCUGGGCAAUGCUGCGUUACACCUUGACGCUGCUGCUAGUCGAAGCCUUACCAGCCAUAGGUGCCAUGCCCGCAGUGGCACUCUGUGCAUAUGUCUUGCGGAACCGCGAAGCCUUGGAAGGUUUGGUAGUUACUGUAUUGAUCCUGGCGGUACCCGUCACCGUGAUGACUAUUAUCUCCUAUGCGGCUCUGUUAACCGUCUUGAUUCGAUUUGCUGCACGGUACAUGGCGCCUGGUAUCUAUUCCAGCCAUGGUGUCCAUGCCUGGGCUGCUUGGUUAACCCAUCGACUCAUGAACGACGCCCGAAAUGGUCUCUUUCUCUUUUACGCCAGUUUGCUGACGCCGGUGUGGCUUCGCGUGCUGGGCGCUCGCAUUGGUCAAGGAGUAGAAGCGUCAACUAUAGUGGCACCACCAUCACUCCUCCAUGCAGACAGAGGGUCGUUUUUGGCCGAUGAUGUGAUGCUGGCACCAUUUGAGCUUCGGAGAGACAACCUUGUGCUGGGUAUAUCGUCGGUAGGACAGAGAGCAUUUGUGGGCAACUCUGGAAUUGUCGGGCCAGACCACUCUACUCCAGAUGAUUCGUUGGUUGGCGUCUUGGGAAGUGCUCCGCUUCCGUCGCAAAUGCCCCCUGGUUCAUCUUGGCUCGGACGACCAGCCAUAUCAAUCCCUCGUCGUAGCGACGUCUUGGCCGACCCUAGGCUGACCUUCGACCCAACAUUGAGACUGAAGAUUGCGAGAGGCGCAGUCGAGUCGAUGCGGGUCAUUCCGUUGCUCAUCUCGGCACUCUUGAUAGAGUUAAUUACGGCUGGUAUAAUUACAGCCCUGAACUAUUGGGGCUUGACCAUUGCGAUCGUUGCAGGAGGGGUGUUGCUUUUCGCAGCAGGAGCUGCGGCGUGCCUGUUGGCAACAGCUGCCAAAUGGGUGUUGACACCUAAUGUUGCAGCUGGCCAUCAGCACCCGCUAUGGAGCUCGUUUGUGUGGCGGAAUGAGCUAGCUUCGACCUUUGUUGAAUCACUGGCACUGCCAUGGAUGCUUCGCCUGCUGUAUGGGACCCCUCUAUUGAACAUGUGGCUGCGGACGAUGGGAGCUGAAAUUGGAAGAGGGGUUUGGUGCGAGACACAUCGUUUCCCCGAGGCCGAACUAGUGAGUCUGGGAGACGGUGUCACGAUCAAUCGCCAAUCCGUGUUGCAGACUCAUCUGUUUCACGACCGACUGAUGCGGCUGGACCAAGUGACAUUAAAGGACGGAGCCACAUUGGGGCCCGCUGCUAUCCCCUUGCCUGGGACAAUUAUUGGAUCCGGUACAACAAUUGGUCCUCUUUCUCUGGUCAUGCGAGGAGAGCAAGUUCCUGAUGGCACUCGUUGGCUUGGGAACCCAAUUUGGCCAUGGGAAACUACGCCUAGGAGUACGCUGGAUAGUUUUUCAAUUUAG